ACCUCAGCUGGUGCUGUUGUCGUGACAACCAAAAAAGGCGCAUCAGACUCUCGUGAAGGGGGCAGCAGUGCGAUGUAUAAGCGGGGGUGGGGUAAUCGGGUAGAGAGAGCUCUAGAGUGAGAGGCGCUGGUGACUGGAGAGGACUGAAUUUCCUCCCCACCUCUAAAGAACUCUGCUGCCUGUCUAUCGCAGCCUUUACGCGGGAGCUGAAAGCACAGUGGAAUACAGGGCUUUCAGAGAGGGUUUACGGAAUAUAUGUUUUCCUACAAGCCAUUUUGCUUUCGUUGUUUCAACGCGUAUUUAUCUUCCUCAACAUCAUAGAAACCCCUGGUCACACUUUGUCGUGGAGUAGGUUAUUGCCAAGGGUCGGAGCGCCACUUCAAUUCCCUUUUAUAAGUCCAAACACUUUCUCUGGGAUCUCUGCGCGCCCAGUUCGAAAUGCUGGUCGGAAGGAGACCGUGUUGGAGGCAAUUGCAGGCUUCUUUUUUCAGACUCCUGUGUCUUAUUCCUACAGGGUUCCCCGUCCGAAGUGUGGAUAUGCAGCGAGCGACCGACAACAUUACUAUCCGCCAGGGUGAUACAGCGGUUAUCAGGUGUUACGUGGAUGAUAAGGUGUCCAAAGUUGCCUGGCUCAACCGAUCCAACAUCAUCUUCGCUGGGGAGGACAAGUGGUCGCUGGACCCGCGUGUGGACCUGGUGAACAAGGGCCAGCUGGAGUACAGCCUUCGCAUCCAGAAAGUGGAUGUGUACGACGAGGGCUCCUAUACAUGCUCUAUCCAGACCAAACAGCAGUCCAAGACCUCUAAUGUCCAUCUCAUUGUCCAAGUUCCGGCAAACAUUUACAAAGUUUCGGAAGACAUCACUGUGAACGAAGGCAGCAAUGUGACAUUGAGUUGUCUAGCCAAUGGGAGGCCAGAUCCAUCAAUCACCUGGCGACUGCUCAAUCCAUCAGCCGAUUCUCUAGAUGGGGAGGAGUACCUGGAUAUAUCGGGGAUCAUGAGGAACCAGGCGGGCCGCUACGAAUGCAAAGCCAGCAAUGACGUGGCCACACCGGAUGUCAAAUACGUCAAUGUUGUCGUCAACUAUCCUCCCGCCAUCAAGAAUGCCAAGAGCUCUGAAACCCAGGUGGGCCGAAUGGGGGUUCUUCAGUGUGACGCGGCCGCAGUGCCCAAACCAGAGUUUGAGUGGUACAGAGAUGACAAGAGGCUAUCCAACGCCCAGGGAAUCAGCAUCCAGAUCGUAGGGACCACAACUGUCCUGAUGAUCUCCAACGUUACAGAAGAGGACUAUGGAAACUACACAUGUGUUGCAACCAACAAACUCGGGAUCCAAAAUGCUAGUCUCUUCCUCUAUAGACCUGGGACGGGUCGAGACAUCAACGGCGCCGCCUGCCUAUCCCAGUCACUGUGGCUCCUCCUGGCCUCCAUCACCUGCCUUCUCUUCAAGUGUUAAUAGCACCACCAACCUACCAUUGUUAUUACCUACCCGGUUAUUACAUUGAGACUGUUUGCAUAACGUAACAAAAAUCCUGAUGUGCUUCGACGCACCAAACUAGAUAAUAAGAAGAUAGAAUGGGCUUAUUAAUAAGUUUUAGUAACAAAAAAAUAUGAAAUGGAGAAAAUGGAACAAAGUGUUUUUUUUGUUUUUUUUUAAAGAAACAGUUAUUACCAUUUGAAGAUGCUGAAGUCUUGCUUUUCUGCUGUCAUUACUCUUGUUUCAGUUGGGGGGGGGAUUGGGUGUGGUCCAUUUGUAUUUUGUCCCCAUGAAUACGUAAGUCUAAACUCCCAAAUGGCAGGGAUUUCAGGUCAAGUACAACAAUCAUGGAUAUCUAUGAGAAGCACUGAGACAUUCAAGUUACUGUUACUUUCCUAAUGUAAUUUUACUGUAUUGUUAGACUAAAAGGUCAUUGUAACCAGUGCAUCAUCACACAAUAAUACGCCAAUAUAUGUCCAAGAAUUGACAUUUAGAAAAACACAAAACAGUAGAUUUGAAAGUGUUUAUAAUACGCAUUAUGUCCAAGCCAACGUACUCCAGUCAACAUUACAGAAAAACAGUAGAACAUGUUAUAUUUGGUAUACUUCAUUUCAAGAGUAUUGGGAUCAUAAGCCGGGAGCAAACAGCCUCAGCUACGUUAGAUACAGGGCUAGUUGUCUCUAUAUUAACUGCCUGAUUUUUGGACCCAUCAAAGGAGAAACACAGUAACUGUGGACUAGCAUGGUUUGCAUCAGUGCAAACCUUGAUAGAAACGCUUGAAAUGUGAAAUCGUCUUUAUGUCGAAAAGGAAGACCUACUUUCUUGACCUUCAUCAAACAAAACAUGCGUAAUAUUGAUGCGUUACUGUAUAUAACUUCUUCUUUUUUUUAAGUGUCGCUAUAUGAUAAAAAUAACUUGUUUCACCACUGUAACAAGAAAAAUAGUAAUUAUUGUUACAGUGUAUGUUGCUUGUAUGAUUACAAACCAAUUACAUGCUGUUCAGUUUCUCUAUGGCAAACUGUAUUUACCUUCAGAAAUGGCCUGCCAUAUUAGCUUUUAUGGUGUCGACUUUCUCCAAUAAAUGUUGAGCUACCACAGUUAUACUGCUGGAAUUUGGAUAGAAAUGUAUGACAUGAAUGGUGUGCUUUUCUUUUCUGUAUGUGUCUUUUCAUAAUAACAUAUGGAAAUUCAUAAUUUAUGGAUUUAUUUUCAAUAAUUUCCGUUAAUGGUGUAUAUACUUGAAUCCAAUGUCCUUAUAUAUAAAGACACAUUUAAUAUGUCCACAUUUCUUAAUAAGUCAGUCAUUUGUUGAUAAUUAACUUGUAGGGUUCCAUGGCAACAGCGCUUUGCACCAUACAAGUAAAACCACUAGAGAACAAUGUUUUUAAAAGGGUUUAAUAAGGUCAAGUUUGUGCAUUUAUUGUACCUUUCCAAUUACAACAUUGUUUUAGUUUUUCUUUGAGUUGGGUACAUAGAUGUGUUUGGUUUCUAAAAUGAAAGCUCACGGAGAGUGACCGUGAGCUGAAUGCCAAAAUGAAUUGACGAACAACAAAGGCCAACAAAAACAGAUCGGUCUCAUGACGACAUUGUCUACCGCUGUCUGUCAAGUCCGUGUGUUCACAAAACCAACCUGUAAUGUAAGCAAUGCUCUCUGAAAUCUCAUCAUCUUUAAAAACCUCCACUGUAUUCAUACUGCUUUGGAACCAUGGUAGUUGUCCAUCUAAGCAGUCAGAGUUCUUUGCUAGAAAACAGACUUGCUGUAUGUUAGCCUUAGUGCUAUACUGAAAAUCUAUCUGUGUCUCAUCUCUGUAUUUUCAAUUACCCAUAAAACAAUGGACGCUAGGCCUACUGUACAUCAUCCUGCCUAUGGACGAUAGUUUAUUAACACUCCAAUAAAGGGGUAUGUAUUAUAAUUUAAUGGGAAGUGUUUUUACAUGUCUGAAUGGGAAGGCAUGUGGACUAUAGCACCGUACUGUAUAUGUCUACCCGUCAAAGCUAAAGCACUGGGGGAAAGCAGUGGGCGGUCUUGCAGUGAUUGACAGUCUCCUCAGCCAGUGAGCCAUCAGAUGUUGAGUUGAAGUCUUUCCCAAGAUGAGGGGUCUCACCUGACUGCGCUAUACCCUGCCUAUGAAUACAGCCCCUGAUCCCUUAUGACUGAUACCUGGGGAACUGAAGGGGACUGAUAUGUCUACCUAGAUUCUUUCUAAUAAUAAACAUUGCAUCCCAUCGCUGUAUAAAAUUGGCUUGUGUGUCUGCACACACUGUUGAGUUACUUUGGCUUGUUUUAAGCCAUUGAAAGAGAUACAUGCGGCAUGAAUUAGCAGUCAUUUACAUUGGCCACAUGUUUAUCCAUCCCACCAAGCUAUGGUUACAUGUGUAACCCACCAUCGUAUGAUUUACCUCACCUGUAUAUAAACUGUUUUUAGAAUAUAUUUAAGCUGAGUCUAUCCCUAAGUUCACUUUGUUGAUAAUACUCCACUGUAGGACACAGAGGAAUGUCACAUUUCUACUUCCCUUUGUCACAAGAAUGGAAUUCCUAGACAAUUAUACAAUCAUCACACAGCAAUGUCCCUGUUUUCUAUUUGCUUUGAUUAAUGGUAACGUUAUUGCGAUUGAUUUCUAAAAAUGGUAUGUAAAGGUAUACAAGAAAAUGUUUUGACGCAAAAUAAAGUUGUUUGAAUUCAGUGUUCUGUAUUUGAAUGUGGAUUGAGAUGUCGAUGAGUAAUCUUUUUGGAGAACGCUUGAAACACAGUAUCUUCCUGGUACAAUUGUGUUUAUCACCAUGUAACAUGCAAAUAAAAUAAUAUACGUAUUGUUAAUUCUCAUUGGA